AUGGGAGUACUGGGAGGCGAUGCUCAUGUUCCAAUCGGGAGCCAAGUUAGUCCCGGGAGUGUAGUGGUGACGAACAACGAGAGCUUUGGACACAGGAAGCUGCUCAAAGGGGUGGAUUUCCUGGUCCGGAUCAAGGCCUUUGCCUUCUGCCUUGCUGUGAUCGUGCUGCUCAAGAACAACGUCCAGACUACCGUCAUCGCUCCUGGGAUAGUUUUGCAAGCGAAAUACAACAACACCAAAGCCCCAGUCUCACUGCUCGUCUUAGCAUCCAUUUGCUGUGGCUAUGCUUUCCUCCAGGCAGUCGUAUCGUUGCUAUCGUUUAUAAGAGACAAGAGGGUGCUUAACAACACGGUGCUCGCUUGGCUCACCUUUCUUCUGGACCAGGUUUUAACAUAUUUGCUACUGGGGUCUGCCGCGGCCACGGCAGAGGCUGCGUACAUCGCCAAGAGAGGCGAGGACAAAGUCCAGUGGAAGGCGGUGUGUGGGCCUUUCAAGAGAUUUUGCGACCACUUCGCCGCCACCGUGUUCCUCUCCUUCAUUGCCGUCAUUGCCUUCGCCGUGUCGGCUGCUAUCUCGGCCUACUAUCUCUUCAGGAGGAGCAAAGGCUUCAAGUAA